AUGAAUGUGUGGUGGUCCGAAAGCACCGGCAACUUCGGCUCGCCGACGGCGCUCCAGCUUCUGCUCCGCACGCUCCUCGCUGCUUGGCGCGUGUGGCGCCUUCUGCAGGCCUCCCCCCUCCUCCGCGCCUCGUGGCAUCGGCAGGCGCGCUCGCCAAACACGCUCGGCGCGGAGCAGUACAAGAUGAUUUGGGUCUGCCGAGAUGCUGAGCUAGCGGCCGGCUACAUCCCGCGGGUCAACCUGCUGGUGGACGAGCUGCACCGUAGCCUGUACGGCAAGCCGGCUACCGCCUCCGAGUGGAAAGACCGGCUUGGCCACUUCAUCGACUUCACAAUCUACGUCACUGACACCGACGACGACAGCGUGGCACGCCUCAAACGCACCGCGUCGGCAACGAACCCGCACCUGUUUGGAGCUCGGCGCGCAAUGACUUUCACUACCCAGCUGUCUCACUACGAGCCAGACACGCGGCGCCGCGUCACCUACCUGCGCGCGCGAGCCGACGACGACCCGCCAGCCUACGCCGGGUCGACGCAGACGCUCGAGACGGUCAUCCACGACGCGCGGGCCAGCUCUCAGUCUCACACGCUUGACGAGUCAGCGUUUGCGCUCGUCCAGCAUCCGACGGCGCUGAAAAAUGAGGACUUCUACUCGGAGCGCGUGGUGAGCGACUACUACGCCGAGAUGCAGGAUCUGCUGAAGAAGCACACCGGAGCCACGCACGCCAAAAUUUUUCACCACCAAGUACGCUGCGCGGAGAAGAGCAACGCGUCCGUUGCAAAGGACGGUUCGUUCGACACGUCGACCUCGGUGCAAGGAUACGCGCACGGGAUCCAUACCGACUCGAGCGGCCCACACGCCGAGACGCUGUGGCGGCACUUUGUGCAGGGCGAGCCUGCCGCGUGCAGAACCGGACGCUUCGUGUACAUCAACGCCUGGCGCAACAUCUCGUCUUCGCCCAUCGAGCAGGACCACUUGGCAGUCCUCGACGAGCGCUCGCUGGUGAAGCCAGACGACUAUGUCCACGUCGAUCUGAAGGGCGUGGGCUACGACGUGCUGCAAUACGGCCUCUCCUCGCGGAACGCGGGCCGCCAUCGCUGGUUCUACUUUCCCAAGAUGGUUCGGGACGAAGUGCUCCUCUUUAAGCAGUACGACAGCGACUGCAGCAAGAGCGGGAGGUGUUGCUUCCACACGGCCGUGCGCGACCCGACUGCUCGCGCCGACGCCCCGCCGCGCGAGUCCAUCGAGGUGCGUGCGAUUCUCUUUUUUGCGAAUCACGAAGGCCCAAACACCUGCCCGGUGCUACCCGCCGAGGAGGGCGCGACGGACGACGGCUGCGACGAGGCUCGCGCCCGCGAGGGCGCUACCAAGCUUGCCGGCGCGUGCACGUUUGUCAAGAGCAAUGCCAUGUACCGCGCAAUGGUUCAGAAGCACAUGAAGGCCGACUAUGAGACUGGCGGCGCGCUGGCGGUGAUUCGCAAGUUUGCGGACGACGAGCAAGGCACCCUUGGCCUCAAGAGUGCGAGCGCGGAGACGAAGGAGCGCGCGGCGCAGCUGGCGUUCGGCGCGGGGCUGGCGAAGCGGGACGUCGAUGAGCUCUUCUGCGGCCCCUCGGCGGCGGUGCUCUUUCUGCAGUCGCUCCAGCAGUCGCGACUCGCCGCGGCAAUGGCAGGGUGCGCCAUCGGAGCGCUAGUGGCUGGCCGCCUCGCCGCUCGAUAA